AAGUAUGGGGAAGUCAACUCGGCAAGACCAGAAAUUAAUGCUUCUCUGCCAAUAUCUCUCCUCCCUGCCCCCAGAUCCACCCAAGAAUACUUAUCUGCGCCAGGUACCUGAAGGAGCCAUAAAAGAGAACAGCCACGUCACUUUGCAAUGUUCUUCCCAAGGAAACCCUCCUAUCCAGAACUACACGUGGGAUAAAGACGGGGAGAUUCUGCAACAUAUCACUCAGAGGGAGUUGGUUUUUUUGGACAUCAAGCCCAGAAAUUCGGGCAUCUACCAUUGCAGGGUCCAGAAUCUUCUUGGCAGUGCAGAAUCUCAACCCGUGCCACUGAACGUUCAGUAUCCUCCCAAGCAUGUCCAGCUUGCUCUUCACAGCACUCUUCCAAUAAAGGAAGGAAACACCGUUACACUCAACUGCUCUGUGGGUAGCAGUAAUCCAAGUUUCUGCUGGUACAGGUGGUAUAAGCAAGAAGCAGCAGGAUCGGAGACCCCUUUCAAGUACGACAAGCCACUUCUCAGCUUCUCUGCCUCCCGCGAAAGCAGCCGCUUUUACAGAUGUGGUGCAUGCAAUUUGGCUGGCUGCACUUUAUCGGGCCGAGUCGAGGUGAAUGUGUUGUAUCCUCCUAAAGGGGUGGAGGUGAAAGCUGUCCCUGGACAGGCAGUCCAAGAGGGAACCAAACUUUUACUGCAGUGUAUAUACAACAGCAGCAAUCCAGAGGUUUAUACAUCUGUGGGUAGCAGUAAUCCAAGUUUCUGCUGGUACAGGUGGUAUAAGCAAGAAGCAGCAGGAUCGGAGACCCCUUUCAAGUACGACAAGCCACUUCUCAGCUUCUCUGCAUCCCGCGAAAGCAGCUGCUUUUACAGAUGUGGUGCAUGCAAUUUCGCUGGCUGCACUUUAUCGGGCCGAGUCGAGGUGAAUGUGCUGUUUGCUCCCAAGGAUGUGAAAAUUGUGCAAAUGCCUGCAGGAGAUAUCAAAGAAGGCUCUCCUGUGCAGCUGAGAUGUGAUGUGGGACCAGCAAACCCCAAGGAGAUACAGUACGCAUGGUACAAAGAUCAGGAGCCAGCUUAUCUCUCCAGAAAGAAGAACUCUCCAGCCUCCACACUGACGAUCCAGAAUGUGACUUCCAAAGAUUCCGGCAUCUAUGAAUGCAAAGUCAAUAAUACAGUGGGCUUUAGGCAUUCCUUGGGCUUAAAGCUGAAUGUCCAGUAUGGGCCUCGUGACAUCCAAGUGUCUGUGGAUCCUGUGGACACCAUCACCGAGGGGAAAGACGUCUCCCUGGAAUGCAGCAAUGAUGCCAAUCCAGCAGCAAAUAGGUACAGGUGGUACUGGAAUAGGAAGGCGAUGCCUCGGGAGGCUUCCAAAAUCCUUUUCCUCAGGAAGGUCCAAGUCAAGCAUUCAGGAGAAUAUCACUGCAAAGCAUCCAACAUAAUUUCUGAGGGGGCAUCACAACCCGUGAACCUCGCAGUGUACUACAGCAGAACCACCAUGCUGAAGCACACCGCCAUUGGCUUUGGCGCUGCUCUUGCCAUGAUAAUCAUGCUGGGGCUGCUUCUCUACAUUCUGCGGAGAGCGAAGAAAAGGGUUCUUCCAGGCGCCAGCAGGAGCCAAAGGGUUGCCUCUGUAUUUAUGAAAAAGUCCAAGCAAGUGAAGUUGUGCAAUAAUAACAACCAGCCAAGUCAAAGCAUGGAGGACUCCAUUGGAUUCCUGAACCAGGGUGCUGAAGAAGCCAUUUCCUAUGCAACGAUUCAGUUCCCUCCCAGUGUCUCCAAGGAACGGACCAUUUAUGCCAGGAUUAAUCAGCCAAUACCAUCUUCAGAUCCUUCAAAUGAAGCUGUCGUCUACAGUGAGUUAAAGAAACCUCGACUUCCUCCAAAGGGAGACCCCAAGGCUGACUACGAGAAUGUGGGAGAAGUGAAAGGUGAGGAGCUGCACUACUCCUCCCUGGUGAACCUGACCCCACGUCCCAAACCCAUCUUUGAUGACUCAGAGACAGACUCUGAAUCAGAGGAGAGCAUCCAAUAUGCAACCCUGAAGCACUGAUCCUUUUGCAGCAAGCCAAGACGAGGAGUUGCUCUCAGACUGUUCAAACAUCACAACGUGGGGAAGUUGGUGGGCUUGUUGGGGCUGAGUCUGUGCUACAGCUUGCUCUUGACUGCCCAGAACAGCAGAGCGUGAAGAUAAGGAAGCGAGGUUGGGACUGUAUUAGGAGACAAACCAGUCUGACUUUCACACUUAUAUAGCAUAUCACCACCUGUCUAGGAGAGGUAAUGGUGGUGCCCAGUUUUCUGCAUGCAAGCACGCUUCUCAGAUGGUUGAGAGAGUUGCACAAGUCUUGGCCCCUUUUGAUUGACUGGGAAUGAACUGCUGUUGGCUUCUCGGCAAGUCAGCCCAUUCCUCUGGGACUUUGGCCAUCCGCUUGUCCCAGGUCAGAGUAUUUGUUCCUCUAGUGCAGUACGAUUGGUUCAGAUGGGUGGCUGCCCUCCAGGCUCCCUUUCUGCCUGGUUCAUUGAAGAGCAAAUGCCAUGGACUGAAUCCUGGAACGGCCUGCAUAUGAAGUAUGUGUUUUCCUACCAAGUCAUGGUUGCUUCCAGCACUGUGAUCCCGAAGGCAUGUAGGGUAUAUUACUCAGCAGGCCUCGAAAGGGGCUGAAGAAUGCCUUGGGAAAUUCAGCCACCAUGUCAGGCACAUCUGCCCUCUAUGGUCCUUGGAGUGGAGACGUGCCCCCCCCCCCUCCAUAGGUACAUAAGAGAAUGCCGAUACCAGGCAUGGGCAGCAGAUAAGCAGAGCCUGAUGGUGUAUGGUAGCCAAUGAGGUGUCCUGUGGGUGUUUGGUCUACAAUGCUCAUCAUCCCUGAUGUUUGCUGUGCUGGCUGGGGUUGCGGAGGUCUACCUGCCCUGGUCUGCAAUGACUGGGGUCAGCUUUCCAGAGUUAUAGGUCAGAGAUUUUCUCAGGCAGCCCACCUUGGAGGUGCAGGACAUUAAACUGAGGACCUUGAGACGGCUGUUCUUGUGUGGCAGCAGCAGCAGCAUCCCAAGGAAGGAAGGAUGCAUAAGGGUUCUUUCACUCACAACAGCCCAAAAACCAUGGUUCCAUCUCUGAGUGCCAAAGGACAAGCUGAAGGGCCCGGAGGCCAUAUUAUUAACUGUACUGUCCUUGCCAAUGUUUGGCAAUAUGUUGGGACAAUCUUAAUAUGUGCCUCGUCCUUGCAAGUGAAGCAGGGCUUCCAGUGUCAAUCCAGAAAAACACCCUCUGCAUACACAAGCCCCAGAACCAGCCCUUGAGAACCCUGUGCCUCAGGUACUCAAAGUUUUGAAACUUUGCAGUAGCUUGUCAAGCUUCUUUUAACAGGUACAGUGGCCAUUUCACCAGUAAGCUCACCAGAAGCAAAUGCGAGCACAGGACUGCUUAUUAUAUGCUUUAUAGUCUGGUUAAAACCAUGUAUAAAUUACACUAGAGCAAAGGUGACAAUAUAUGAACUGCUGCAAACUAAACUGGGCCAUCUAUCGCAGGGCUGACUAGGUUGUUUUACAGUAGCCAGCAUUAGGUAGUAGUAUGCCAGCAUGGAUCCUGUUCAUAUGAGAGCUACAGGGGUGUUGAGGUUUGCGAGUGCAAGUCCUCACUCCUUCCUUCCCUCUAUUCUAUGAUUAGACCAUGUCCCUGAGAAGCUUGUUAUAUUUCUAUGAACCUUGUUUUGUCAAUAAGGGAGCAUCCACUCAUGAACAACGUUAUUGUAUCUAUAAGCCAUCAGACCUAAUGUGGCCACUGGCUCGUCUUGUUUGCUUUGCAUCUGUUGACUGAACAAACAAUGUUUGGGAAAACCUCGCCCUCGCUGCCAUGAGCCUAUCUGGAAGGAAGAAAAAAAAGCCUUUCAUGGUUGAAGGUACUUGCUAGCUUUUAGCAGAAAUACAAAUGAAUCUAAGGACUGCUAUUGUCUCCGAACAGCCCUUUAUUCCAAAAUGUCUUUGCUGUUCAGCAGAGCCCCUGAAAAUGUAAAUAAAUGCCUUUUUUCAAACAGAUCCAACAAA